AUGUCAGAUUCAACAGGUAAAUGGAGAGAGGAAAUCUCUAUUGAAGAAACAAAUAGGAUUAGGGCAUCGCUUGGUCUUAAACCUUUGAAAGUUGAUAAUACACCAAAAGAAUCUAAACAAACUGCGGCCACUGCCACUAAUACUUCAAAUAGUAAUACAAAUGAUAUUGCUGAUACUAUUAAAAAAUUAAAACAGAAAAGAGAAGCUACUUCUAGCGUUGGAAAGUCAAUUGCUGAACAAUUGUUGGAAGAUGGUGAUAAUCAAGAUGAUGACAUAUCAACAUGGGUACAAAGAUCAAGAAUAAAACAACAACAACAACAAAAAGAUCAACAGAAACAAACAACCGGUGGAAAAUCAUCUGAUGGUAGAUCAAAAAGAAAGUCAUCGGGAUAUUCAGCAGAUGAUUUAGCUGGAAUAAAGGUUGCAAAUCAACUACAGAGUUUCGAUGAUGGUGGUGAACAUGUAUUGGUGUUGAAAGAUACCGAUGUUUUGAAUGAUGGUGAUUCAGAGCUGAUCGACGUCCGACUUGCAGAGAAAGAGAAAAUCAAUCAAAAGUUGGAAUCAUCAAAGAAGAAAUCACAAUACGACAAAUUCGAUGAGUAUGGUAAGCAACUUGAUAUUCUAUCUCAUUAUGACGAUGAUAAUGCUAUAAAAGAAACUGGAUUUAUCAUUACCAAUAAAUCUAAAACAGGUGUAGAAGAUCUAACCAAAAAAGAAGAUAUGCAAGAAGAAAUUAGAAAUAGAUUGAAUAGUUACUCUGCAUUUGAUUUAUCAACUGAAUCAACUAUACAAUCAUCAUUCUAUACAAAUGAAGAAAUGGCAAAGUUUAAGAAACCAACUAGUAAAAAGAAAAAGAAGAAAUCAAUGAGAUCAAAGAAUAAGGAUAGCGAUGAUAUCGAUAUUUUACAACAACUGGAUGCAACCACUUCGAGUGAUCGUGGUUCACGAAAGUCUCUUCAAGCAAAGAAUGAAAUCGAAGAGGAGAACCAACGUGCAAAACGUGAGGCAAACUAUCAAAAGGCUGUCGACAAAGCAAGUAACAUUGCAAAGCUUACUUACUCAUCCGAUACCUUUGAGGAAGCAGAGGACGAAGAGUUUUACAAGAGUUUGUCAAAUGCAAAGAAAGCACCUCUAAUACAAAGAAAUAUAGCUGAAAAAGUAAAAGAAAAAGAGAAUGCAAUGGAAACAAAUCAAGAUGAUAAUGAUCUAUUUAUCAGUCCUGUUUCAGAGUUUGUAAGAGGAUUAAAGACAGAGGGUGUAUUGGCAAAUUUCAAACCUACAUAUGUUAAAGAAGAGGAUGAUUACAAUGAGGAAAAUCAACCUGUAAAGAUCGAGAAUCAAGAAGAUGUAGAAAUGCAAGUCGAUAAUGACCAAGAGGAGGAAGAAGAAGAAGAAGAAGAAGGUUCAUAUAUUGAAAAGAAAGCAGAUUAUAAUGGAAAUGGUGUUGAAAAGAACAAAAGUAAUUCAGCAACUGGUGAGGAUGGUUCUGUUAUUCUACAAGAUGAGCCAAUGGUGUCUUCGAGUAUGUCUGCAGCAUUGAAACUACUGAUACAAAAGGGUGAGUUAAAGCCACAGGAGAAAUCAAAGAGAAAGUUACAGUCGUUCGAUGACUAUGAACCGAUUAUCCAACAUAAAGAUCAGUUUGGUCGUAUCAUGAAUCGUAAGGAGGCAUUCGUUGCACACUCACAGAUAUUCCAUGGAAAGGCAUCCGGUAAGAACAAGCAAGAGAAAAUACAGAGAAAGUACAACGAAGAGAUGAAACAAAAGAAGAUGAGCUCCACCGAUACCCCACUUGGAAUGAUGCAAUCGCUACAAAACUACCAAGAAAAGACACAACAACCUUUCUUGGUUUUGUCUGGUAAAUUUAGUCAAGCCGAUGCCCCCAGCUCCAUUCAUAAAUCAAACACUGAACUUUCAGUUAAAAAACAAAAACAAUAA